UCCUCAUCCUCAUCUACAAGAAGAGGCAGAUAGCAUUUUCUUUGUAAUAUCAGUAUGAAAAGCAAUAUGGCUAAUAAAGCCAACUCGCAUUUCUGUCAUAUAUUCUUUAGCUCUUAAAUUUGUUUUUAUUACCAUUCUUUGAUCAAUUGCAAAAGAUGCUGAUGCUACCAUAAAGGCUCAGUUUACUUGCUUCAAUGGCUAGCAAACUCAGAUAGUCCACUGCUACCAUAAAGGAUCAAUUACAACUGUUGCACACUGAAGGAAAGAAACAGAAACAACCAUGGCAAGAAAUGUGCUCUUCUCUGCAGUGGAAUGGGUGUAUGCCCACUCAUCCUUUUGGGAUGUAGCUCUUGCUUUAUUGGGACUCUUUGUUUUCAGCUGUAUACGUGAAAGACUCACCAACAAGGGCCCUAUGCUAUGGCCUGUCUUGGGGGUCAUACCGACCAUGUUACUCUAUAUCAAUGACACGCUCAGUUUUGCCACCAGAUCAUUGAUAAAAGCUGGCGGAACAUUCCAGUACAGAGGUGUGUGGAUGGGAGGGAAUCAUGGAGUCAUGACGGCUGAUCCUGUCAACAUUGAGUAUAUGCUUAAGACAAAUUUCAACAACUUCCCCAAAGGAAAGUACUAUAGGGACAGAUUUCAGGAUUUGCUUGGGGAUGGUAUUUUCAAUGCUGAUGCUGAAUUGUGGAAGGAUCAGAGGCGAACAGCGAAAACGGAGAUGCAUUCAAGCCGGUUCAUUUCUCAUUCGUAUCAAACCAUGCAAGAUCUAGUUCACCUGAAGCUGUUGAAACUAACAGAGAAGCUGGUGAAAUCAGGGGAUUGUUUUGAUCUCCAAGAAAUGCUGCUUCGUUUUACAUUUGAUAAUAUUUGCACUGCAGCUUUUGGGGUCGAUCCAGGGUGUUUGAACCUGGAUUUGCCUGAAGUUCCCUUUGCAAAAGCUUUUGAAGAAGCUACAGAACUCACUUUGUUCAGAUUGUUGAUGCCACCUUUCGUUUGGAAAUCCAUGAAGUUUUUAGGAAUAGGAUAUGAAAAGAGGCUCAGUACAGCAAUUAAAAUCGUUCAUGAAUUUGCUGAGGAGACAGUGAAGGAUCGAAGGAACAAACUAAUCAAACUUGGCAGCUUAAAAGAUCAUUCUGAUCUCUUGUCCAGCCUUAUGGAUACUGAAUACACCGAAAAAGGCAAGAACCAGCUGCAAUUCUCUGAUAAAUAUUUUAGAGAUUUCUGUGUAAGUUUCAUUCUUGCAGGAAGAGACACAACUUCAGUUGCCUUGGCAUGGUUUUUCUGGUUAGUACACAAUAACCCAAAUGUAGAAAACAACAUUCUGUGCGAGAUCAAUGAGAUUUUAGGUCUUCGCGAGUGCUGGAAAGAAAAUGAUGACAUUGUUUUCACAGAGGAAGAAUUAAAAAACAUGGUCUAUCUCCAGGCUGCAUUAUCCGAAUCGAUGAGGCUUUACCCAUCUGUGCCAACAGAAAUGAAAGAAGUCAUAGAAGAUGAUGUGCUUCCUGAUGGUUCUGUGCUGAAGAAAGGAGCCAGGGCUCUUUACUGCAUCUUCUCAAUGGCUAGGAUGGAGUCGAUAUGGGGGAAAGAUUGCUUGGAGUUCAAGCCAGAGAGGUGGAUUAGGGAUGGGAAAUUUGUGAAUGAAAAUCAGUUCAAAUAUGCAGUGUUCAAUGCUGGUCCAAGGUUGUGCUUGGGAAAGAAAUUUGCAUACUUGCAGAUGAAGAUGGUAGCUGCUUCAACCCUGUUAAGGUAUUCUGUUAAGGUAGUUGAAGGACAUGAAGUUGUUCCAAAAAUCACCACCACACUAUACAUGAAAAAUGGGUUGUUGGUAACUCUCAAGCCUAGGUUGGUGCCUGGUGGGCAUUGCUAG